CCUCACCCGGAAGCAAUUUUUGGGCGGUGUCGCUCGUUUUCACUUCCUGUACGUCCGUCAUUCGCGGUUACACCGCUCCAAGAUGACUCUGUUCACUUUACUCUUUUUACUUUCUUCUUGUCUGUUGGUUUAUUGUAUUAACAUCGAAGAUAAUGUGGGGCAGUUUUUCAGCAGUGGUCAUACUAAUAACUGGGCGGUGCUGGUGUGUACAUCACGGUUCUGGUUCAACUACCGUCAUGUAGCCAACACUUUGUCUGUUUAUAGAAGUGUUAAAAGACUGGGUAUUCCAGACAGCCACAUAGUGCUGAUGUUGGCCGAUGACAUGGCCUGUAACCACAGAAACCCAAAACCUGCCACAGUGUUUAGCCACAAGAACAUGGAGCUGAAUGUUUAUGGUGAUGAUGUGGAGGUGGACUACAGAGGAUACGAGGUCACAGUGGAAAACUUCCUGCGAGUUCUGACAGGAAGGCUUCCACCCAGCACUCCUCGCUCCAAACGGCUGCUCUCUGAUGACAGAAGCAACAUCCUCAUCUACCUGACGGGCCAUGGUGGGAAUGGUUUCCUGAAGUUCCAGGACUCUGAGGAGAUCAGUAAUGUGGAGCUGGCUGAUGCCUUUGAGCAGAUGUGGCAGAAAAGAAGGUACAACGAGCUGCUCUUCAUCAUCGACACGUGUCAGGGAGCCUCCAUGUACGAGAGAUUCUACUCGCCAAAUCUCAUGGCCCUGGCCAGCAGUCAAGUGGGAGAGGACUCUCUGUCGCACCAACCUGAUGUGGGCAUCGGCGUCCACCUGAUGGACCGUUACACCUUCUACCUGCUGGAGUUCCUGGAAGACAUCCAUCCUGCCAGCAAGACCUGCAUGAAUGACCUGUUCAAGGUGUGUCCCAAGAGUCAGUGCGUGUCUACGCCCGGCCACCGCACCGACCUGUUCCUGAGGGACCCGGGAAGUGUCCUGGUCACAGAUUUCUUUGGCAGCGUUCGCAAAGUGGAGAUCACCAUGGACAGCAUCAACCUGACCAGUGUCGUCAGUCACAGGAAGGAGGAACCUGCCGCAAAUGGAGAGCUGCAGAAAGAGGUCUACUCGUACUCGGACCAGCUGCCAGUGUCGGAAAUCAUUCAUCAGAAACCAAAGCAGAGAGACUGGCACCCCCCCGACGGCUUCAUCCUGGGCCUGUGGACUCUAAUUCUCCUUGUGUUUUUCCAAACAUAUGGCAUCAAACACCUUAAACACAUCUUCUGAGACCUUCCGAGAAGUUUGCACUGCCGGUGAUCUGAAGAGUAGCCACAUCCAUCGACUCCUCCUGCGUCUCCUUUUUCCGGUUCUGGCGUGGCCUUGACAGCCAAUCAGGCGGCGGAGCAACAGCGGCAGUGGAGCAGGUCUCACCCCGGAGACAGACAGACAGACAGGCAGCACCCCCUACAGGCUACAGCUUACCAGGCAUCGAAGGGUAAAAGGCGCUGAAUGCUCUUGGUUGAAGUCUAAGACUAUGUGCCGACUGGGACCACUGUGCUGUAAUGAAGCCCAUCUUCUCUUCUCCGCAGACACAACAGAGCAUCACAGCCUUCUAACAAGAUUUAUGAGCCAGUGCUGCCCCCCCUCCCACCACCUCGGCGCUGCAGGAGUGGGACCUUGACAAGAGACUGUGACUGGCUCUUUGUCCUCUCCAUAAUUAGUUUAGGUUCAGUCACUGGACGAAGAGCAGAGAGAACCAGCAGAACUGACCACGUCGUUGGAUGCUGUUUGGUGUGAAUGUUCUCUGCUCCUUUCCUCCUCCUGCCGGCUGCAGCUCUGCGGUGCUCCAUCUGUUUCCCACUGUGUUCCAUUAUUCCUGCGUGGCACCAGGUCCAGGUGCGGUGUCAUCUUUCUUGCUGCGCUCGUUGCCUUUGUCUCCUCCGUCCUCCGUCCUCUGUCCUCCAUCCAGGCUAAUGGAGAUUCACAGUCCUGUCUUAAUGUGCUGUUUUCAUCUGGAUUGCAGUCGAGCUGCAGCCCAAAAAAAAAAAAAA